AUGGUGCAGACAACUGUGCAGCCUGCGACUUUCAAACUCUGCUUCUUUUUUUACACUUUGUCAGCGCCUUACCCGCGGCCCAACGCCUACACGGAGCACCACAACGUUGAUACCUUUGGUGAUCCAAAGGGUACACCAAGGUAUGGCAGCGCUCUUGGAGAGUCGGGGUCGGUAGGCGACAGUACGUACGUGCAGGCGCUCUGGCUUUGGUAA